AUGGCAGCGCCUAGCUUCCUUCAACAAUCGCAACCGUUCAGAUCUGCCGCUGUGUCUACCCAAUCGACGUACUCGCUAUCGAUGAGCGCCGCGCACCACUUUGACCGCGAUGCGACCGUCAAGCCCGUCGGCACGCCCUUUGCGACGACUCCCUCUCCGGCCUCGUCUGUCUUGAUCCGCCGCCUCCCGCCAGAUACGACCGAGGAAAAGCUUCGUCUGAUGCUCCUCUUCUCUCAGGAGCUGGUGGAAAUCGAAAUGGUGGCGCCGGACCGGCCAGAUGACCCGGGGUUCCAGUCCGCGAUUGUGAGAUUCAAGACUACCACGGGGGCGCAACAGGCCAAGGAUAUGCUGCACGGCAAGUCUAUCAGUUUGAGCGACGUCGAAUUAAUCGUAGAAAUCGUGUCGAGCAGCCCUACCACAUCUAGGAGAUAUCCAAUCGACGGUCCCGUGUCGGCCCCAUCCAGUGGCCCCUCUUCUACAGCGUCGUCGGGUACGACGGCCUCACGUCAAUCGCGAUUUAACGGUGCCUUCCAGUCGUUGGAGAAGAUUUCGCCACCCAUGAACGCUAUGUAUGGGAGCAGCGAGCUACCGAACCCGGAAUCGAGCGCGCAUUAUCAGAGCCUCUUCUCUCCGCAGUCGCCUAUCGGCAAUCACCUUAGCGAACGCACGCGCAUCUCAGGCAAGACCCUCAUUAGUCACGACGCUGCGGAGGACGAUGAGACGCGCGAGCUCCUCAAGGACCCUGUCGCGUACGCGGAAAACGGCGCGACGCAGCAGCGCAGGGCCACCGCCCCGCAGCUCCCCAUCGCGGCCAUGCGCAACUUGUCGCUGAAUACGACGUCCAACGGUCCCGCCGCCUUGCCUCAAUACGGCCAUCCGGGGAUGACGCCCCUAUCUGCGCACGGGAACACCAUAUCUCCGACGGUGAUGAACGGUGCGAAUCACUCGAUGAACUACCAGAUGGGUAGUCAGCACUAUCAGCGCCACAGUAACUUUCCGCCCGUGAACCCCGCCGACCAGAACCCGCCGUGCAAUACCCUGUAUGUGGGUAACCUUCCCAUCGACACUUCCGAGGAGGAGCUGAAGGCCAUGUUCUCGAAGCAGCGAGGGUACAAACGCCUCUGCUUCCGCACCAAGCAGAACGGCCCUAUGUGUUUUGUCGAGUUUGAGGAUGUAUCGUUUGCGACCAAAGCCCUUCACGAACUAUACGGGGCCCUUCUUCACAAUAGCGUCAAGGGUGGCAUCCGCCUGAGCUUUUCUAAAAAUCCUCUCGGAGUUCGCUCCGGCCAGACCCCCGGCCAGGCCGGCGCUGGCCCCAUCGCCGGCAUGAACGGGAUGAUGGCGGGGACAGGAAACGGCUUCACGAGCGCCAACGGCCCGCCGCCGGGACUCGCCGCCCCUCCCGGCCUCGGUCGCAUCGCCUAUAAUAACGGCUCAGCAGCCGGCGGAGGUGCGAGCACCCCGUAUUCCUCGGGCUAUCUGGGUGGCAACAGCAGUGUGUGGAGUAGCCCGCUAUACACCGGGCCGCUGUCGGCUGGCGUCUCGUCCUCGGCGAUGAAUGGCCCCCCGGCCGCAUUUCCGCCUUACAUGAUGGGGCGGUAG